AAGAAAGAAAAAAUAAAGAUCAAAAGAGAGAGUCAUGUCUGACCAAAGAAACUCAAGAGAUCCAAAGAUGAAAGAGAAACAGAUUAAUGAUCUUGUGUCAAGGUUACAACUUCUACUUCCUCAACUUAACCAAAGAAACACCUCAAGGCAAUCAGCGUCGAAGAUCUUGCAGGAAACUUUGAAUCACAUUAGGAGGUUGCAGAAAGAGGUAGAAGAUCUCAGUGAAAGGCUAACACAGUUGAUGGAUUCUGUGGAUUUUAAUGAUAAUGACAGAAGAAAUUUGGAGAACUUUUUGCAAUAUUAACAAAUUGGUUCUCUUUAAUUCUAGACUCUAUUUCCUACCUAUUGCAUUUUCUAUUUUUAUAUUUCCUUUUUCUCUAGAUUGUGAUGGAGAUAGACACCAUCAUGAAAUAAUAUAUGUAUAUUUUCCAAUAAUAUAUAAUAAAAAUAACA